AUGCAUCUUGAUAUGCUACAAGAAGAUAAUGACAAUGACCUUGAGAAGCUCAGGUUUGCUGAAGAAAGUUGUCAGGAUGCAGAGAUGAGGGUUAAGGAGCUUGAGAAGCAGGUGGCUGCUCUAGGUGAAGGAAUAUAUUUGGAAGAGAAAUUGUUAAGCAGGAAUACAAAAGAGGUGAAAACCAGAGAUAACAAGUUAAAGGAUGCAAUUGAAGCAGCAUUGCUUAAGAAGCUCGGAUUAGUUAGAAAGAGUAGAGUUUCUAAUCUAUCUGAUGAAUCAUCUGCAGAGGUGUUGACUGAUUGUCAAGGUCAACUUUCACGAAGUUCCAUUGUUGACCAUUCUAAACAGUCAAACGGGGAAGUUUUUAGAUUAAUAGAAGGGGUAAAACAACUGAAUUUUGGGAUGGGUUACAAGCUCAUUUGUCAACCUGUGCAUCGCCUUAGAGAGAAACACGAUGAGUUCCACUAUCUUGAUCGUUAUUUCAUUACUCGAAGGUACCUACCUGCACUCAAUGAAGUUGGUCUGACUUGUUUUCGUGAAUCGGUUAGUAAGGGUAAAGCUAAAGAUGAUGUUUUUGCACUUAUUGUUCAAGAAUGUGAAGGAGAGCAGAUUGAUAGAGCAUUAUUGAAAAAUGUCCUUGGUAUAUAUGUUGAAAUCGGAAUGGGACAGAUGGAUUUCUAUGAAAAAGACUUUGAAACUGACAUGCUUGUUGAUUCUGCUGCAACGAAGAGACUUCAAGGGAUGGGUGUCUCAUUCUUCUUUCGUGAUCUUAGAGAUAAUCUUGGUGGAUUGGUGCAGGUUGCAGCAUCCCACUUGGAUACUGUGUUAGACAAACUUAAAGACAUUCUUGACAACAUUGGAAAAAGUGUUCUCCAGAGAUUUCUAUCCUUCUUCUCAGAUAAAACUAAGAUUAAAGAUUCCGAUGACAUUCAUGUUGCAUUAGCUCUCAUGUAUGGAUAUGCUGCAAGAUAUGCUCCUUCAACUGUAAUUGAAGCGAGAAGAUGGAAGAAGUCGUGCAGAGCAACUGUUUCAUAUCUUGAAACAAAUCGAUCACAUUGUUUCUACACAAUACAAUUAUUUCAUGAAAUGGAUUGUUUUGUUGUAUAA